UCCACACACACCGGCAGCUUACUUCUGCAACUCCCUGCAAACCCAGAUCAAAACACACGGGAUCUAUCAAAACAAAACGGAAUACUUAGCCAAUACUUGCAUUUUCAUUCGGAUUGCUGCCGUCUUUCACCGUUUUUCACCGCGCUUCCUGGAGCAACACAGUGUGGAGCAGUCGCCUGGUCUUCCUCUUUUGUUGCGGUUGUUUAUCUCCGCGGCGAGGGGACUAUUUCAUCGCAUUUUUUGCUCAAAUUAAAAUGAAUGAAUGACCAAAACAAAGGAGGUUGAUGUGCACAACUCCCCCGCUCACCUCUUCUUCGCCUCGCCCAAGGAACGGAGGCUCCAGCAGCAGCUCCAGCAGCGGGUGAAGAUGGAUAGCGGCGGCGGGACGGAGAGCACCGAGGGCGGCCAGGCGAAGCACGACGCCCCGGGAAAGAAGAAGGGGGUGAACCGCGCUCCUUCGCCGGCUCGCCCCAAGGAUGUGCCCGGGUGGUCGUUCACGAAGAUACGAGGAGGGAUAGGAACCCCCACUCUGAGCGUCAAACCAGGGGGGAUUCACUUGGGGAGCCGCGUUUCCCGACGGAGCCCCGUGGGAAGCCUCGGCAGCGGGAAGGAUGGAGCUAGCAAAGCGGCGGGAAAGCACUCGUCCGCGGCUAAGAGCUCCACGGGGAAGGGGGCUAAAAACACCCGGAGGAAGGUGUCAGACGCCAGCACCGGGUCUGAAGACUUGUCUAAGGACUCUGGCUGUGCUCCCGAAAAGCUUUCCCCGACAGACAGCAGUUCCGAGCUCUCUGACUGCCCCUCCGAUGAAAAUAAACUCUCCACGGACGCCUUCAGCAGCGACACCGAGUCCCGGAGCAGUCGCGGCGGGGCGGAGGGAGAACACAAGCCGCUCAGGGAUGCAGCGGUGGCGGACAGAAGCAGCCAUCGAGCCGUUACAUCCGCCGGUAACAUGAGAAACAUCCCCAUGUCAAUCACGGGGGAGGCGGGUGAUAAGGACCGGCUCUCUCUGGGGGGGAUCGAGACCGGGGAAGGAAGCAUCUCCCCCGGUGAUGAGAAGUCCCUGACCUCGUUCGAUAGCCGGGUCCCAGCCUCCACGUCCCUGGCCUUCUCUGACCUCACCGAGGAGCUGAUGGACAGUGUGCAUGAGGAGUAUGCACGGGAGAUUGAGGAGCUCCGGUCUGAAAACGACUACCUCAAAGAUGAGAUGGAGGAGCUGAGGUCAGAGAUGCUGGAGAUGAGAGACAUGUACAUGGAGGAAGACGUUUACCAACUCCAAGAUCUGAGACAGCAACUAGAACAGGCCAACAAGACGUGCCGUAUCUUACAGUACCGCCUCCGAAAGGCAGAGCGACGAUCUUUACGAGUGGCCCAAACUGGACAGGUUGACGGAGAACUCAUCCGGACUCUGGAACAGGACCUCAAAGUGGCGAAGGACGUCUCAAUCCGCUUACACAGCCAGCUGGAGGGGGGAGAGAAGAAACGCACUCGGCUCGAAGAGGAGAACGAGGAGCUGAGGAACAAGCUGCAGGAUCUAGAGGUGGCCAAACAGGUGCUGCAGCAGGAGAUCGACAAGAGCUCCCAGAAAAAAAGAGGAGCACGAGCCAACAACAAAGCAGAGAAGAAGCCGUGCCCUCAGGAGGACAGCUCAGACCUGAAAUGCCAGCUGCACUUUGCCAAAGAGGAGUCGGCCAUGAUGUGCAAGAAGCUGACCAAACUGGUGAAGGAGAGCGAGGCCAUGAGGGAGGAGCUGUCCAAGUAUCGCUCGCUGUACGGAGACGUGGACGCCAGCCUCACUGUGGAGGAGGUGGCAGACUCUCCACACACGCGCGAAGCCGAGGUGCGCGUUCACCUGAAGCUGGUGGAAGAGGAGGCGAAUCUGUUAAGCCGCAGGAUUGUGGAGCUGGAGGUUGAGAACAGAGGGCUCCGAGCAGAGAUGGAUGACAUGAAGGGACCACAGGACAUUUCUCCAGAUUUGACAGGAAGUCUCAGCCCCGGACUCGGCAUUGGAGGCGGGGCCAUGGUUCUCGGAGGCGGAGCUUCCUCUGAAAACGUGAUGGAGCUACAGCGUCACCUUCAGUUCGUCGAGGAGGAGGCAGAGCUCUUACGACGCUCCCUCACGGAGAUGGAGGAGCAGAACAAACUUCUCAUGAACGAGAUCAACCGCUACAAAUCCGAACUCCCGCCCUCCCUGUCAUCCAACUCACUGGCCUCUUUAACAGAUGGCUUGCUCAACGAUAGCCCGGUGCACUCCAUACAGGAAGGGGCGGUGCUUAUAAAUGUCAACGCCCCCUCGCAGGAAGAGGAGCUGCGAUUGGCUCGGUUACAGAUCGGGGAGUUGAGUGGGAAGGUGAAGAAGUUGCAGUACGAGAACAGAGUGCUCUUGUCGAAUCUGCAGAGGUGUGACCUGGCCUCUUAUAACCCCACCUCCUCCCCUGCCCCCUCCACCCUGAGACUCAACCUGGAGACAGACGCAGAGGCAGGGGACUCCGCUGAGUGUCUGCCGAGUCCACCAUCUCGUCGUGAGCCAGUAGGGGGUGAGACCGACCCCUCUGACUUGAAAGAACACAAACGCAAGAGCGAGGACAGCGCUGACUCCUCCUCACUUCCUGUUCCGCUGGUGCAGAAGGACCAUGAUGCUUUGCUCUCCAUGAGGGACCAGGCUCGGCUGGUCUCCACAGCGAUCCAGCUCCUUAUCUCCCCAGAGUCCAGCUGCCUCCAGUCCCCGUCGCUCUACCACAAGGUCUGCACCAAUGAGAGCAAAGAAGGGGCAGCCAAUCAGGAGGAGGAAGCUGAGUCAUGUGACCAGGACAAAUCGCAGAGUAACAACAGCCAGAUCUCUGAGCUGUCUGACCUGUCUGACCGGCCCCUGGUGGGAGCCCUGACCGGCAGGCUCCAGGCACUUCACUCCCAGCUGCAGGCCUUCGUGGAGCGGGUGGACGGGCUGAGCAGAGCGCCCCCUCCUGGAGCUGGGUCAGGAGCCACUAUCACACCAGAGGACGCUUCUUUGGCUGCCACUACAAUCUGCUCUGAAGCGAACAUAGCUGCUCAUAAGCAGCCUGACUCUAGGGACCAAUCAGAACCGGAUGUUAGAGGUCAACGCCGGGAAGGCAGCCAAUCAGAGGAGGCCCCAGAUUUGGACAAUGUACAACCAGAGCAAGAGUCAGAAAACGCACAGUGCUCAGAUCUUCAGGUGCAGUUGUCCCAGACUCAGGAGGUGCUGGAGAGAGAGAGGCUGUCUCACACAGAACUCACUCAUAAAAUCACACAGUUGCAGGAGGAGCAGCACAAGGCCCUGGUGAGGAGGGACUUCCAGCUCCAGAGCGUGGGUCUGCAGGCCCGGCUGCACCAGAGGCUGUGGGCCCAGGAGAGGAACCUUCUGCUUCAGGAGUCCCAGCACCUCAAACACACCUUACUUCUGCUCAGCCUCAAGCUGCGCUGCCUUCUCAAGCAGUGGAGGAUCCAGGGAGGAAAGGACGCCCAGUGGAAGGACGUGCUGGAGAUAAACAGCCUGAAGGACCUCUAUCUCUUAUUGGAUGAAGAGAAUUGUAGCCCCUCCCACCAGGCGGCAGACGCACACCCUGUCAGUCCUACUAUAAAGUCAAGCGCAGUGAGCAGUACGCUGGCUGACCUGAGGGUGGCGCUGCAGGACCUGAGUGGAGAGUUACAUCAGGAAAGACAGGGAUCCCAAGAGCUAACACAGCAGUUCGCUAAGGCUAAGGCAUCAUGGGAAGUGGAGCGUGCCGAGCUGAAAAAUAUCAUCUUACAGUUGGAGACUAAAGCCGGUAAACCCCUGAGCUCUGCUGAUGCUGUGGAAGCCCCUGACCUGAAGGUGGCGCUAAAGAAAGAACGCGAGGAGCACCAGCACCUGUUAGCAGAGUCCUACGCUGCAGUUAUGGACCUGACCAAACAGCUCCAGAUCGGAGAGAGGAACUGGAGCCGGGAAAAGCUGGACCUGUUGGAGAGGUUUGGUGCAGAGAGAGCCCAGUGGGAGCAGAGACUCAGGGAGGCCACAGGACACCACAAGCCUAAGUCACAAGGCAGUGACUCGUCUGCUGAAGGACUCAUCCAAAACGGCUCUGCCUCUCCAAGGACCAAAUCCAUGUCAGACCUGGAGGUGAAUGGGGCAGCGGAAAAGUUGGAGAAAAUGUCUCUUCUGAUUCGCCCAGAGCCCUAUGACAUCACCAGGAAGAAUUGGACAAAUUUGACCAAUGAGACUCCAGAAGUGGGCAACACCUGUAAAACUUGGGACGGCUCCAGUUUGAGCUCAGAGCAGGAUCUGGACUCUGCGCAGAGAAGCUACACAGCCCCGGACCGCACUGGCAUCCGCAUAUACUACAGCCCCCCUACUGUCCGGAGGAUGGAACAGCUCCGGAGCCAACAGAGAUUAUCUGAGCAGCUGCCAGCGCAGAACGGCUGCUCCUCUCCGGGUAUGACCGCUCCGGAAUCUGGGUCUAGAGGUCUGAAUGUCCAAGGUUCUUCAUCAUACGAGCAGUGGCUUAGUUCCCUGUCCACGCAUCACAAGGAGUUAUUGGAGAGCAGAGCCAUGUCAGUCCCGGCUUCUGCUAACAGUGUAGUGAGCGGUUUGCCUCCUUCUUCUCCGUUCUCCGAUUUCCAAAUGGUAGAGAUUUCAGCCAAUCUUAGCGACGACAUGAAGGAGAUGACCAACUGUGUGCGUCAGGCCAUUCGCUCGUCUUCAUUGGAGAGGAAGUCCAGCAAGGAACCAGGAAGUCCGGUCCUUGGCACGUCGUCACGCUCCACCCAGACCUCUCUCCUGUGCGUCAGUGUGGCUUUGCAGACUGACUGCCCUCCCACCAGCAGAGGGCUCCAGUCUAAAGUCUGGUCUCCACGGCCCACCACCUCCACAGCUAACCCUUUAGCCUCAGCCCGCUCCAGGCACAUCUCCACCUCCCUGGACAAGGUGCACGGGCGCAUCGAAAGACCCUGCUGCUCACCGAAAUACGGGUCACCCAAACUGCAGCGCCGAGUGUCUUCAGGCUCCACCUCGCGGUUGGAUACAUCCUCCUCCUCGUCCAGAGACAGGAGCCUAUGGAGCCUGCAGCAGAGACCUGGAGGUUCAGCCUGGGCCCGCUCCACCACCACCCGGGAUAGUCCCGUCCUGAGUGGGCUAACAGACGGCCUCUCCAGCCUCUUCAGUGUAGUGGAGCACACAGGGAGCACUGAGAGCCUGUGGAGGGGAGAGCCAGUGAGUCCAGCUCGUCAGCCCCUUGCGGCGGGUAAACCCUCUGGAGAACGAUACGGUGGGCUCCAGGACAUGUACAGGGACGUGUCUGGUGGCCGUACCCAGGCAGGAUUGUCCGGGUCCGGGGAGAGGUGCCAGCGGGAGGCUCUGGUAGGGGUAGAUGAACCCAAGCCGGAAUGCCUUUCAGCAGGGACGAGUGCGGUGGGGUUGGGGGCACUGGCAGGACUUGGGGCAGCUCCAGACCCAGUCACACGCAUCGUCAACAAGAGGUUUAUGAGGCAGACCGCCGGAGAGGAGAUGGGCUGCAUCAUGGGAGGAGGUACAGCUGGGGCAGAGGAUGCAUUGUGUGACUGUGGCUUCUCCCGGCCGUCGAGAUCCAGUGGACGCCAUUCUCUGGGUCAAUGCAAGCACCGCCUCCAAGACUCCGCCCCCUCCCUGUCCAGCAUAUGUGCAGAGGAGAAAGGGGAGACCAGUACUGAGUGACUUAUGCCAGCUCCCACCAUUGUGCACCUGAGCAAUACACCACUGCCACUGCUACACAACCUCAGACUAGGCCACACAAACGCACUGCCAGUGUUAGAGAAAGCUCACUCACAAGCGCACUGCCACAUACUGACAACGGGACAUGCAACAUCAGAUCUGGCAACCCAGUCUUA